AGUAGCGAGAGUUCUUUUGCUUAUAAGAACGUCAGCAGUCUUGCUGCAUGUGAAACACCUGCUCUUCGUUCUUUACUUUUUGCCACGCGACAGUAGCUCAGACGUCAGUUGUCUUGCUUCCAUAUUCGGACUCAUAUCUAGGUACAUAGCUAGCUAAACAAGGACAGACCGACAGCUCGAGUCUACCAUCGUCAACCUACUACUUCCAACGACUGUUUCGAUUCUCAAUGAAAACCUACUAAAACCUCGCAUACAUAGCAUCACCACUAUGGGUGCAACUCAGUACUAUCGCUCUCAGAUUGGCGAAGAAUCCGUCAUCGACUACUCUCAUACCGACUUUCCCUUCAAGCUUCUUGCCAAGGACGUAUACUAUUUCCUUGUCUAUGUAUGGGCACUACCAUGGGUCAUCUGGCCUGUCUAUCCGUUCAAAUGCAAGGUUUUUGACGAGCUCUAUCCAUCACCUCAGAACAUAUUCUGCGUUGUCGUUCACCUUGUUCUCUUCUUCCUGCAGAUAGGAUUCGUCCUGGCCCUACCAUUUUCUAUUGUGUUUCCAGUUUGGAUGGCGGCAACAGGUAUUGCUGGUUUCAUGUUUACGAACUGGCUCAUCUGUAAGCUUCUCAAUGGUAGUAAGGAAACUUACACCUCAGAUGAAAAGUACGCCGAGGCUCGACCUGAGCACGCCCAUGAACAAUGGGUCUUCUUGAACGGUGUUGCUGUCGGAGAACACUGGAUGCAGUCAAACCUGAACCGACUUGCGUUGACUUUCGGCCGGCCUAUUCUUGGCAUUCAUAACCAAACUCGUGGAAUAAUAUUUGAUGUUGUUGAAUGUCUGAUACAGCGUAAUUUUGGCUACGCAACUGGGGAUGUCAGAAUUUGUUUCAGACUUCUCAAAGACAUCCUCUAUGAUGAAAGUAAAUCCAAAGUUGUAUUCGUACUACACUCCCAAGGAGGAAUCGAGGGGGGUCUCGUUCUCGAUUGGUUACUACAGGAGCUGCCACAAGAUCUCAUGUCUAAACUCGAGGUUUACACUUUUGGAAACGCUGCCAACCACUUCAACAACCCUCAUCGCCACCGGUCUUCACAGAGGCUGGCUCGUCUCAAGCCCUUAUCAGCGAUGAGCACUAUUCUUACUGAGUCCUCCUUUGACUCUCCUUCCAGCAGUCCACUCGAAACCAAAGAUGUUUCGGAUCUCAAGACUCGCAAUCCGAUUAGAAAGGAGUCUUCCGGUGUCUCGACUCGGUCGAUUUCCGCUGCCAAAGACAGGUGCAUCCUGCAUGUUGAGCACUACGCCAAUAGUACAGACUUUGUUGCCAUAUGGGGCAUACUGCAUUUUGCAACAAACAGAAUGGAAUCACGAGAACUCCCACGCUUUCAGGGGCGAUUGUUCGCUCGAGCGGACGGUCGUCACGGCGGCCACCAGAUGAAUCAGCAUUACCUAAACGCCAUGUUCCCCUUGAAGAAAGAUGUUGAAACUGGAGAGUACGUGGGCGCUGAUGAAGACAAUGAGUUCAUGAACGAGGCCAUCAAGGUCGGCGAAGAAGGCAGCGCUUCCGCCAACGCGAGAGAAGCCUUCGAAAUAUCGUGGGCUGGAACGCAGGGAUUUGGAUCUGGUGAUGCUUCAACGCCGAUUGAGGUUCAUGGGAUCUCAAACAGAAUCAAGGAGGCUAGUGACGAUCACGGAAUUCGUGUGAAGGAUGUGAGCCGUUUAUGGAGUUACAGAAAUGGUCGAAGUCCUGUAGAAUUACCCCCAAUGCUUGUCUCAGAGAACGGCGUGCCUAGAACAGCAACUCUAUGAGCAUGAGAAGGGGAGACAUAAGCAGAUAAAGGAGAGGCAAAGCAUCAAGGAGUGCAUACCCAGCAGAGUUGUAUGAACGAUCCCCAAGGCCAGUCGUGAUGGUAUCGCUAAUGAUUAAAACCUCACACGAUUGGUGGAAUUGUAUUUGUUGUAAACGCAUUUCUCUUCGUUAAUCCUAGCGAGCUUGAGAAGCCACACGGGCUAUAUUAGUAACGAAGAGCGUCUCACAUGUCGUACUAGGCUGGACCACCACAUUAUUAUUGCGAAAGAGAGUCAUUUCAGCUUCAUUCUCAAAGAGA